CCCCAUCCCCACCCGACGCGACGCGAGCCCUCGCCACCCACGGCGCGACGCGUCUCGGCGAUGUAACCCUAGCCGGGCAAGGCAUCGACCUCUGAUCCGGCACCCUGCCCCUCCUCGACGGCCGUAUCAAUCUGCGCCCCGCGUCCCUUGAAGGCUCUCUCUCUAGGCGGCUGCACAGCCGCGCCACGAUCGCGCGGCCGCCCGCCAGUCUCCACGAGUCGGUUCCCGCCCGACAUCCCUGUCUUCUCGUUGCCCGGUGGCCGGAAGCCAUUAGGCCCAGCUUGCAGUUUCAAUGAUGAAGAAGGAGGCACGAUCUUCGUUCUGGCCAGACGUCCAGCCAGAACUCUUGGGACUUGUCCUCCUGCGGCUUCCCUCCCUUGCGGACCGUGUCCGACUAAGGGCAGUGUGCCGACCAUGGCGCUCCAAUGCUCGGCUGCAGCCCCUGCCUUCUCCACUUCCGUGGCUCACCCUCCUCAAUGGGACCUUCCUCAGCAUCCCCGAUGGGAAAAUUAUCAGAAUGCCAGCGCCGGAUGAUGCUUUCUGCUUUGGUUCCAUUGACAGCUGGCUAUUCUUUGUGCACAGUGAUGGUGGGUGCUCACUCGUGAACCCUUUCUCCAAGGCCACACUGGACCUUCCCAAGCUAUCCAUCAAGUGGUUCGAGGCAAUCCCCAGGUUUGGUUCCCUUUUGCAGAAGAUGGUGGUUCCCUUGCCCCUGGAAUCAUCACCAGGUUCCCUUGUUGCUGCGCUGAUCUUGGAAAAUGGUGGGACUAUUUGUAUGUAUCGACCACCAAUGGCAACCUACUUGCCCACACGGAGGAACCAGAGAUCGUUUGACUAUGUUUCGGAUAUUACCUUCUUCAAGGGAAAGUUUUAUGGUCUUGGUAUUCACGACGUGCUCAUGACAUUUGAGCUUAACUUUGGCGCUGAUAGUAAACCAAGGAUAUCAUGCGUCAAAUGCAUAACUAAGUACCCCACUGUAAGUGUUAUCUUGCCGAAACCCCUGUACAGUACAUACAUGACGAAGAAAUAUUUAGUUGAAUGCUGUGGUAGUCUAUUGAUGGUGAAGCGACAUAUUGAGUUUACCGAUACAACUUGCGAGCAUCCCUUGGAUUGUGAUCGCACCGCGGCAUUUGAGGUCUUUGAGGCAGAUUUGAGCACCAAACCAGGCCAAUGGAGAUGCCUCACUACGUUGGGUGGCCAAGUGCUCUUUGUUGGGAAGCAUCACUCCAAGUCGUUUCCUGCAGGAGAGAGCACUGGAUUUCAAGAGGACUGCAUAUAUUUCAUGUGUGACUAUCGUAACGAUGCUGUUGAUCCUCUUCAUGAUUCUGGUGUGUACAACAUGAGAACCGGGAUCAUCACACCCUUGCUAUUAGAGACCGCAGCUGUGCCGAAGCAUCAUGGUGGUCAGUGGCGUCCAACUUGGCUGUUCCCUGCUGACGCGAUGUAAUCGACUCAGAUUAGCUUGCUUAUUGUUUUCGGAUUAUGUCUUGAUGAUUUGUUUCUGAACCGUACUUGUUGGCUAUGGCUUCAGUGUUUUCUGCAUGCAGUAUUAUUACUGAGCUAGCUUUUCUUUGUACCGGGUAUAUUUCGAAUAUGUUUAAGUACUUGUGGUGAUACAGUAGCGAAAGGAGCAUUUCAUUUCACAAAAUGUGCGUUGAAUGGUUUGA